CUUCUCCAAGCAAGUUUAGGGUUUCUCCAAAGACUUUUCCUUUUGCCCCUUUCUCUCCCAUGUCGAUCUCAAUUCGCAAUCCAUUCCCCUCCAAGAGAGAUGAACAUUGAUGCUAGAGUCGGUAUGGCGGUGGACGGAGCACAGAGCGCUCUCAAUUCCGCCGCCGCCGUGCGUACCACCGUCGCAGACGCCGGAGCCUUGAGUUUAUCACAGAAACAGCCGCCUCAGCCGCGUUUCGGCACCGUCGAGAAUCUCCUCGCCGGAGGUAUCGCCGGCGCUUUCAGCAAGACGUGCACCGCUCCUCUAGCUCGCCUCACCAUCUUGUUUCAGCUGCAAGGAAUGCAAUCAGAAGCUGCUGUGUUGAGCAAGCCGAGUUUGUGGCGUGAAGCUUCUCGUAUCCUCAACGAGGAAGGAGUUAGAGCCUUUUGGAAAGGGAAUAUGGUUACAGUAGCUCACAGGCUUCCUUAUUCAGCACUGAACUUCUAUGCAUAUGAGAAAUAUAAUAAAUUUUUCUAUUCGAAUCCAAUCUUACAGAGUUAUUUAGGGAAUGGGAGUAGCAGCCCGUUUGUGCACUUUGUUAGUGGUGGCUUGGCUGGAAUUACAGCUGCUUCUGCUACUUAUCCUCUUGAUCUUGUUAGGACACGUCUUGCUGCACAGAGAAAUACAAUGUAUUAUCAGGGUAUUGGGCAUGCCUUCCGUACCAUAUGCAGAGAGGAGGGCUUGUUGGGUUUGUAUAAAGGACUUGGUGCUACUAUGUUGGGUGUUGGGCCAACGCUUGCAAUCAACUUUGCUACGUACGAGUCUUUGAAAUCGUUUUGGCUAUCUCAUAGGCCAGAUGAUUCAACAUUGAUUAUUAGUCUUGGUUGUGGAAGUCUAGCUGGUGUUGCUUCUUCAACAGCUACGUUCCCAUUGGAUCUUGUGAGAAGGAGAAAGCAAGUGGAAGGAGCUGGUGGAAGAGCGAGAGUGUACAACACUGGACUUUUCGGAACAUUCAAACACAUAUUCAAGUCAGAAGGCAUGAGAGGGCUGUACAGAGGAUUAUUGCCUGAAUAUUACAAAGUGGUUCCAGGCGUUGGCAUCACCUUCAUGGUAUACGAGAGCUUGAAAACUCUCUUAUGUCCUCCUCCUGCCCCUUAGAGGAGUUUUAGUACUUUAUUAGGAGAAGAAAGAUAACAUCAUUUUUGUUUCCCCCCUUUGGUAGUAAAUUUUACUUUUCUUACUACUACUACUACAACCACCGUGGAGUGUAUAGGUUUGAGUUGCAUUUGAGCGUUAAGUAACAUUCAAAUGCAUUAUCCUUUACACUUGUCUUUCCCACGCGAGCAAUCUCCUGACAUCACAGUUUUGUAUUGUUAUUGUCUGUUUCUUGAUCUUAAACAUUUUACACUUUAUAUACAGCAAGUUUUGUUUU